AUGGGGGCACCAUUGGCUAAUGACGAUCAGACGAUAAAGGAGGUCUUAGUAGCAAUGGCAGAAUCUUCCUCUCUUCACGGCAUCUCUCGAGGAGUGGCCUCCAAGCAUUGGUAUCAAAGAGUUCUCUGGUUUCUUGUCUUCCUUGGCGCUACCGGCGGAGCAAGCUAUCAACUUUGGCGUCUGUUCUCGUCAUACACGACAUAUCCAGGCAAUGGCGACAGUACAUCGUAUGGACAAUCACAGGGUAAGAGAAAGAAAAGAGGCACCGCCAGCGAUAUUCUUUUGGCCAAGAUUCGUUAUUUUGCCUCAAAGAAAUCGCAACCCAGUCCAAAUUUGGUAAAGGGAUACGAUCGUAAUAAAGAAGAACACAAAACAUCAUUAAAAAAAAUUCUUCGUAGAAUAAAAAGAGACCAUUUGUCAUAUGGCAACUCAUCUGGAAAUACAUAUGCUUCGUCUGUGUCCACGCCUGGAUAUGGAAAUUCAGAUUACUAUAGCAGUUACCUGCAGAAUCAGCAAUUACAAGACUCUUUUGUCCAAGAUGAGUGGAACAAACGAGUGACGAAUUUUCGAUCCGCCUUUCAAAAGAACGACAGAGACAUCAGAGAGGACAUUGGUCACAACAUUUCGGAUAUGUUGUUGUCGUGUGCAUUUAAUGGAAAAGAAUGCUAUGUUGCAAAUUUUACCCUUUUCCAGUCCUUGGAAUAUGGUAACUGUUACACCUUUGAAAGUAGUUCCUACGUCACGAAACAAUCUGGACCUCUUCUUGGUUUAAGAAUGACAUUAAAUAUUGAGACAUCAGAAUAUAUUAACAACUACAUGGACGCCAGUGGAGUAAGGCUGGUAAUUCAUGAACCUGGGACUCUUCCAUUUCCAGAGGAUGAAGGCUUUACCCUCAACCCUUCAUAUGAAACAACAAUAGGAAUGCGAAUGCUAUCGAUCCAGAGAGCAUCAGAGCCACAUGGUAACUGUGAAAAUGGCGAAGACUUUAUGAGACUGUUUGGUAUUCGAUAUACAAUCCCGUCGUGUUUGAAGCUCUGCAAGCAAAGGGAGAUAAUGGAGAGAUGCUUUUGUUUACCAUCUACGGCCUAUUUGAAUGUUGGGAAUCUAGAUGGUUACAGGCCCUGUUCAGUAAACAAAAUGAAGGUUGACUGUGAAAAAUUUAUCAACUACAAGAUUGAAAACCAGCUUAUCACCUGCAACUGUCUCAGUCCAUGCAAACAAUUAAUUUACGAAACAAGUUUAUCAGGAAGGAAAUGGCCAGGUGACCAGUUUAUGGGACAGGGGGUGGCCAGGGAGACCUCUGGGGGCAGGGGGUUCAUGACCCCUUAUACCCAUUUAAUCUGUCAUUAUACAAAGACGUCUUUGGGGUUUCAGAUUUUAUUUAAGGCUAUACUAUUGGUUCCAUAUCCAGAGAGUGGGAAACCCCCAGGAACUUGCUUCAAUGCGGGAAAUUUGAUGAAGGAUCUCUGUCAGAAAAAUAAUAUGUGGUAUUUUAAAGGAAUGUGCCAAAGUCUUGAAUGGAAAACAGCGACAAAGUCGGAUACAGAAAGUCUCGCGGGGAAUUUCUUAAAAACGGUAAUAUACUACGAGGAUUUGAAUUAUGAAAAAAUUACUGAGGAACCUCUUUAUGACGGGUUUCAGCUAAUCUCAGAUAUAGGCGGAGCCCUAGGACUCUUUAUGGGAGCCUCCAUCUUAAGCUUUGUAGAGGUUUUGCAGUUCAUUAUAGAACUGCUAAAUUUUCUUUUGAAAAAAAUUACUCUCCAAAGAUUAUUCGCCAAAAACACAAAAGUUCUUGAUUUUAAGGAAGAAAAGGAGUACAACAAAGAGAACGAUUCACAAGCCUGA